AGAAGAACGAAACUGGUGUGUCGCGGUUGUGCUAAGAAACUAGACUGUAAGUUCUAUGUGCUAAGAAACUGGUGCGCCAAGUGCUUAACAAAGUCGAAACAAGGGACAUGUCUGAUUUUAUAAAAAAUUUGAAUAAAGCAAUACACUCUGAGAACGAGCAUGAAGACAGAUUGAGUGAUUUACCCGACUGUGUUCUCCUUCAUAUUUUGUCAUUUUGUAAUACCAAACAUGCUGUUCAAACUUGCAUUUUGUCCACAAGAUGGAAGUAUCUUUGGAAACGUAUUCCCACCCUUAUAUUGCAUUCCUCUGAAUUUCCCACUAUAAAGAGUUUUGCGGCAUUCGUCUCUAAGAUUUUGACUCUUCGUGAUAGCUCAGCUUCAUUGAAUGCUCUUGAUCUUGACUGUGAUGGUAACAUCCAGCCUCGACUCCUCAAAAAGAUUUUAAAGUAUGUUUCCUCUCAUAAUUCCCAACUCCACGAAUUAGGAGUCUAUGUUAGGGGUGAUAGUGAUCUCAUUCUCCAAUGUGUUUCUUCAUGUCACGCUCUUACAUCUCUUCAGCUUUCGGUUUACUCAAAAGGUGGUUAUCAUGAGAAAACAUUAUUUCCGAAAUCUCUGAUAUUGCCCGCGUUGACUAGCUUGUAUCUGAUGAAUUUUGCCUUUUGCGGUGAUGAAAGCAGUUGUGUUGAACCCUUUUUGGCCUUUAAAAUGUUGAAUAGUUUGGUCAUUCAGAAUUGUGAGGUAAGGAACGCACGUGUCUUUGUCAUAUCAAGUGAAACCCUAGUCAAUUUAUCUAUCUAUAACCGUUCACUCAAAUUUACCAUAACUGACAAAAUUGAACUAUCUACUCCAAGUCUUCGUACCUUUACUUAUAAUGGUAGUCCUUCUCAGAAAAUAUGUGAGAAAGGUCGGUCUUCUAUUACUAUAUCCACUCUUAAGGUUGUUCUCUCAUCACUUCCUGAUGUAUUAGAGAAAAGGUGUCCUACUUUAUUUGCUGGCCAUGGUUUACGUAACUUGAGUCUUGACGAUCACCAAAUGAUCUGUUACCAGCUGCACAAAGAGCUAAUUGGUGAAGGAAAUGUUCGUUAUCGGCGGAUGAGUAAUGAUGAUGAGCGGUAUAAAGAGGUCUUGGGCGCUCUAACCUUUUCCAGUAUUGGUCAUGCACCACCAGGUAAAUGGAUGGCCAUGCCAGAUAUGGGUUUUCUCAUUGCUCAGAAAUACAACCACGUCGUUGUUCUAAUAUCCAUUGCGAAAGGGCGAUCUGAAACCUUUUUUCCUCUAUGGGGUGAACUGCCACUUGUUGAGCGAUUGAUGUAUAUGGAACAUGUCAAUGACAACCAUUUCAUGAUUAUACAUUUGAAAAAUGGUUCUCCUAUCCCUCUCACUUGCCCGCUAUGGAGACAACAUGCUCGUUACGAUACCUUAAGCUGGCUUGACAGAUAUGUCAGUCGAAUGGCCGACUAUAAUAAACUAUGUCGGGCGGCGGGUUUUGAAGUUAUAGGUGAUGACCAAGAUUUGUACAUAAUUGAAAAUCUUGAUCCAGAUGAAAAUGUUGUUGCUGGGAAGAAGGCUGAAGACGGUGUGAAGCUUGAAAAGGAAGAUAGCUUUAAUCUUGAUGAUAUUGACAUAGAUCUUGGGGCGGUUUAG